CGGAGAUGUCUCGACUCGCGGAGAAUGGAGAAAGAGGGGAAAGAAGCAGGAGACAGCCCGGGUCCUACGUCGGCAGACUGCCCGCGACGCCUGCCCGUGCGUCAUCGUCGAAAGAAGGUGUCUUGGGCGCCGGGAAGAGGGGCGAACGGGGCGGAGAGCUUGCCGGUCUGCUUGACUCGGAGGAGCUUCGUACGUGA